AUGGCUUCACUGGGUCCAUGUUCAUUCUGCUCUAAAUGCGGAUUUUGUUUAGAAAACGAGUUCAAGUUUUGUCCCAAAUGUGGUGUAAAAGUAAGAACAUUUCCUACUGGCCGUUGUGAAACAACUACGACACCGUUUUCUCUUCCCAACUUUCAUACAUUCAAGUCUCAAAAAGAGUCAGAGCGAAAGACAUUCUUUGCUCGUAAAGCGCAUGCCGGACACAAGAAGAGAAAAGUCGACGAUGAAAUGGUAACGAUCAACGUGGGAGUGAUGAAGGAGAAGGGUGUGAUCAAACGAGGAGAAACCUUGCCCUUGAAGGUUCCAUCAACAUCAUCUGCCGAAGACAUUCGCCUCGCUGCAGUAAAGAAACAUACUCUGUUCAACAGCAGGUUUAUUCAUUCACAAUCUGAGUACAUUCUGGCCUUCAAGGACGGCAGUGAAGUUAAACACAUCCCUGGCGUAGGUCCUGAGGAACCCUUUACUUUGAGGAGGUAUAAGGAAGAGUCUGGAUUUGGAUAUGCACGAAUAACUCUAUAUCUCUUACCUGAAGGAGAUAUAUUUGAAGAUCUUCGACGAUAUGUUGAUGAAGAGGACGAUUUGUUGUGUGAUGGUGCCUCCAAAGAUUCCAGUGAUGAUGAAGAUUUCAUUAAGCCUGCAUUAAAACCGUCAUUGUACCCUGUUCCACUAAAAAGGCAGAGUUUUAGUUCAGGAAGGGGAAAAAGCACUGCUGCAGCCCCGUCAACAUCUUCAGCUGGGGACGAUUGCUUUCUGGUCAACUGCCCUACCUGCUGGGGCACGUUUCCCAUUAGUGCAAUUGAGGAACAUGCAGAUAGGUUUGCUCAGUCUGUAGAAGAACUUCCAGAUCCACACCCAGUUAAUUCGUCAUGUUCCAGGUCAACAGGUUUGUGGUGCUUGUAUGAUAAGUUAUAUUGCAUUUUUGGCACAAUGUAGAUGCACGAUUUAGCUGUAGAUGAACUUGUUUUCUCUAUCUAGUAAGUUUUAAUUUAUGUGGGAGUGCAAGUUUUCAAUGUGAUUAAGUAAUAUAUGCAGAUCAAAGUUUAUAUGCAAGUAUGCUUAUAAAUUAUUGGCAAGCUAAAAGAUACAUUGUUCUAUGAUCAUAAGGAGUGUGGUUGUUGUUAAAGCGGUGUAAAUGUUCAAAAAUUGCCUAUGUGGUGAAUUAGGCAGUGAGUAAGCAUAGGGCUGUAGCUUGCUACUUCUAAUGACCCAGUCCUGCUUGUGGAAAAAAAUAUUGUCUAUGUACUUUCAAACUACCACCUUUUGCUUUGCAUUUGGAGGGGGAGGGGCAGGUAAACAGAUUUUUCUAAGAUAUUGUAUCUCUCUUUUCAUUUUGUGCUUUAAGCUGUUGUGCAAGAGAAAGGAAUGCUGAAAGACCAACUCUGUAAUCUCGCAGGAAACGUACAGCAUGAGGAAAUAAGGGUCACUGUCCGAAGAAAUCACCUGUGGUCAGAUUUUAGCAGAGCUCGCAGUGAUUACUACUCUCCCUUGAACACCAUCAAAAUUACUUUUAGUGGCGAACCAGCAAUUGAUGAUGGUGGACCAAAGCGUGAGUUCUUUUCAGGUGGGCAAGUUCAAUUUCUAGAGAUUGACUUGGGAUUAAUAUUUAUUUCGCUUUUUGUGUCUUCAGUAAGAGGGGUGAUUUUCUGGAUGAUAAUAUCAGUAUGAUAUUGGCUCCCACGGCCCCCACCACCGUUUUAUUGAAAGGUUUCAAGUUCUUCAUGUAGGAUUUUUUUUAUUUUAAAGAAAUGAUUGAAUACUGUAGAAACAGGCUAUUUCCUGAUGGGUUCCCAACAAAGUCCAUGUUAGCUGUGACAAUAGAUGACUUUGUCACCGCUGGGGAAGUGAUGGCCAUGUCAGUUGUCCAGGGCGGACCAAGUCCAAACUUCCUUGCUCGUGAAAUUUACAAUGUGGUCAGUAGAUCAUUUGCCAUUGAGGAACUGAAAGAUGAAUCAUUGAAACAAACUUGUGUCAAGGCACAAAUGAUAUAUUUAUAAUUCCAGGCAAUACGAGAGACUUUAUUUUUGUAGCUUGGGCCGAGUUUUUCAAAGCCCAGUUAGCAGUAUUCCUGGGUUAACUACAACAAAUCAUGUGGACUGUCAUGGUAAAUAACCCUGGAUUUACACCAAUCAUCUUUCGGACAACUUGGCCCUGAUGGAAAACAUGAUAAGAAAAGAUGAACAGUUUUUUUUUUUAAUUUACAUAAAAUUUUGUUAUGCAAAAGAACCUCCUAAUAAACACAGUGCUUUGUGACAGAUGCUUUUGAAAGUCUUGUAUUUAAUAGACAUCCACUUCAGAGAACACUUGCUAGUUAUUGACCAAAUAGAAUGAUUUUAUAAAUAGCAGCUGAAUUGUCAUAGCGUGCAUUUUUAAAUGACAUGAAGUGUUCCUGAACAGCAAAGUAAUAAAUUACUCGUUGGCACUAACAAGAAUUGACAGUUUUAUAGUGCUAUGUUAUCUAUAUUUUUCAGCUCAGAAAUGCAUCAGAAGAUCAACUUUCAGACAUAUUAAUGGAAGACCAAAUUCUGGAUACUCUUCAAGGCAUUGGCUAUAAUGGUGUACCCGCAAAAGAAAACAAAGAAUCAAUUAAAAAAAUCAUUGAGUAAGUACUGCAUAUGAUGCAGAUCAAUACAGUUACAGCUGUCCUAACGUUUAGUGCAUUUGCACUAAUGCAUAAGUCAAUUCCACCUCCCUAGCCCCUCCUUCCCAGGGCUACUGCAGCCCGGGGUGAGGGAGGGGGGGGGGGGUAUUGUGGGGGCUGGGUGCAGGUGGAAUUGACUGAUGCAUAAGAUUCAAACACUUAAUAGUUGGAAACCAUUGUACCUUAACUCUUGCUCAUAGCUGAGCUACAUUUUUUUGUUCCGUUUUUCUGUUUAAAUGGUUUUCUUUGUAGGCAUGUACAUGCCCACAUCUUUAUGUGACAGGGUAAUGUAAAUCUGAUGAAGUCAGCUGACUGCAAGGGAAAAAUUUAAUUUCUUUUUCAAAAGCAAAGCUUUCUUUCCCUUUUAUAGGGCAAGAUAAGUUUUUUGAUCUCAGGGAAGUUACAGUAAAAUUAUAAUGCACUCUAAAGCUUGAUGAAUCAUUCCACUAACCCCGGGUAGACCACACAACACGGCCUUGGUAAAAUAAUGGUUUGUAUCCAGGAUUCAAGUGUGUUUGUGUUACUAAAGCCUUGUAGCAAUUUAUUAUAUUAAAUGACGUUAAAUGGAAUAACAGUAUAAUAGCAGUUUUGUGGGCAUUUUUUUUAAAUGCAAAUAAGAGACCUUUUGCUAAAAUUUAUCCCAUUUUGCCAAUUAAAAAUUUAAUGUUCCAAGGAGUAUCUGGCUGA